AGCUCCGAUAGAUCCCUCCCCCAGCUUUCCAUUUACAUAUACUCCUAUCCAUCUGCAUCCACGCACAAUGCAACCUAGAUUUGAAACCAAUUAAAGUAAAGAGAGUUUAUAAACUAAACCAUGAGGCUUCACCAUUUCCUUGCUGUGGCUUACUUGGACAAAGCGGCCUCGCCGUCGCCGUCGUCGUCUCCACCGUCCAUCUCAUCCCCGUCUCUCACUCUCAGCUCAUCUGCUGCCAUCCCCUUGGGCGCCCUCCAAUGCUUGCGCCCGCUCGCGCCCAAGAUCUCGUUCCCUGAGCCGAGGAAGAUGGUCGUCCUGCCCGAGCUCGCUCGCGUCAGAAAUGCUGCGAGGCUGCUCCACUGCACGGUGCCGGCGUCUGGCACGACGCGAUGGAACCCGUCGCCGGAACAGAUAAAGGUGCUGGAGAUGCUGUACCGCGGCGGGAUGCGCACGCCCAACUCAUUCCAGAUCGAGCAGAUCACGGAGGAGCUCGGCAAGUACGGCCGGAUCGAGGGCAAGAACGUCUUCUACUGGUUCCAGAACCACAAGGCCCGCGAGCGGCAGAAGCAGAAGCGCGCCGCCCUGCUCACCCUCAGCACCACCACUACUUCAUCAUCUCUACCUGCAGCUGAAACCAAAGAUGGAUUGGGGAAGAAGGAGGAAGCGUCGUCUGAAGAUGCAUCGAGCCGCAAGCGGAGGAGGUGCAGGACCUGGGGUGACGUUCAUGGCGAAGAUGUCACGACGACGACGACGACGACGACGGAGGUAGUAGCCGACUGCACCGACGAUGUGACCCUGGAACUCUUCCCGUUGCGUCCUCAGGGGAAAGCUAAUUAACGGUCUCCUCACUUAUAUGCUUGCUCGAUGGAUAUGUCUCCUUGCAAUUGCAAGAUGCAUGCAUGGUCUCCCGGAUCCGGUUGCUGUUCGUCGUGAAAAUUUAGUGGUCGUUGCAUGCAUCCGCGCGUGCUUUGUAUUGUAGUAUUGACACGCUUGGAUUGCUUAAACCUGCGUGGGCUUCCUUGUCACCGUGAGUGCUCAAAAAGUAACCAGUUACAA